CCCAGCCGCUGAAUGCAUUGUCUUAAAUUAUUGUUGUUGUUGUUGUUGUUAUUUAAAAUGCAUCUAUUUUUAUUUUUAUCCUGAGGUACUGCAGUGGAAUAAUUCAGAGGCUUCAUACCUGAGCAGUACAAAAUUGAUAAUAUCAGCUGCUUCAACACGAGAGCCUUUUACUAGUGCUGAGGCACUAUUUUUCCACAAUUAGCUGCAUGUGAAAUAUAAAGUAUAGCUAGAAGGGAAAGUAUAGUGUUGCAUUAAUCAGCCGAUGGCCAAGAUCCUGUUUCAUAGCGUCAGCAGAAAGUCUGUGAUCUGACUCUUGUGUAGAAAUAAAUCCUCUUCACCACAGUAAAUAAGUUAAAAAAAAAAAAAAGCUUUACUUGCCGAACUUGGUUUCUAAACAUUUAGCUAUAGACAAUAAUUGUUACAAAGCAACAAAAUGAUACGUUGCAUGUUAGCAAUGGGUUUCAGUCUUUUAAAGUCCAGUAAAUCUCUCCCUCUUACUGCAUGCUAUUUAGAAACAAAAACAGCCAAAGAAGUCUUGUAAACUGCCAUGCCAUAUUGAGGGAGGAGUCAGUGUUGCUGGCUGGCUCCUAUAUAUUUCUCUCGGCUGCAUGUCUGAGGUUCCGAAGAAAGUCACAGAGCAUUUUGACUAUUCCCAGGGAGCACUCCUUUGUCCUUGUAGCUAUGAAGGCAGCCAUUGUCUUUCUGCUCCUCUCCCUGGCAUGCGGCUGCAACUCUGGUAAGUAUCGCCAAUACUGUUUAUGUCUCUUUAAGAUGGAGGUAAAAGUGUGUGAUCAAAGCCAGAGAUUGGCAGUGAAAAUAAACAGAACCUUAAGAAGAGCCAGUCCCUUCCUUCCUUAAAACUUGAGGAAAAACCACCAUUUUAUCCUCUCAACAACCCUAUGAGAUAGAUUAGAGUGUGUGAGAAAGCGACUGCCUCAACAUUCACACCAUACAAGCAUUAUGAUACCACUUUAAACGGUCACAGCUUUGCCCAAAGAAUUCUGGGAGCUGUAGUUUAUUAACGGUGCUGAGAGUCGUUAGGAGACCCCACUAUCCCGCACAGAGCUACAAUUUGCAGAGGUCCCUUGGGAAGAAGGAUUAAUUGUUAAGCCACUGCAUCGCUGUUAUUAAUUUUACACUCCUAAGGCAUGAAAUAAAAUAUGUGUAAAAAAUGUAAUUUUCAAAUCACUUGCUCUUCAGCUCUUCUUUUUCUUUUAACCUAGGUUUGAUUUCUUGUAUUGCUGUCAAUAACAUUGUGCAGAAAGGGCUUUUUAAAUCGGAUUCGGUGUUUCAGGAAGAACUUUCAAAGUACACAAGUGACGUCCAUGCGAUAAAUGGUGUACUUAAAAUGAGAGCAAGUGUAUUCGAGUUGUCUUUGCUCCACAAACUGGCUUUGGUGGAUCUGGCGGUAAUCUUCUUUUUCUAUUUUUUAAAAAUGUCCUUGCUUUUAUUGCAGUUGAACCUUAACUCUGACGGGUCGUCGUAACAUUUUCACAAAUGCUGUUCAAUUAAGAAAAAUCAUGCUAAUGUCCACAUACUGAACAUGAAAGAAUGUAGAAUCACACAGGUUUCCAGGGACUUGAGUAAUGUUUAAAAAUUAGAACAAGUUUUCUAUCUACUAGAGAAUGGCGAAAUCCUGGACCACUGGACUGGGUGCAACCUAGCCCCAUGUGGUCUGCAGUGCCAUCCUAGGCGGUGGCAGGAGCUGGUGCCAGGCUCAAAACAGGAAAACUGGUAGGAAAACUGGAAGUUGUGUUUGCCACAACUUCAACCUCUCUCAGUCCUCUCUUACGUUUUGGUUUGUAGUUGCACCUGCAAGUUGCACAGUGCAAGUUUAGUGCUCAUUUCUGCAGUAUUUGCAAAUAGAUUUUAUCUGGACGUAAAUACACAGGAUCGCUCCGUCGCUAGAGCAUGAGACUCUUAAUUUCAGGGCUGUGGGUUCAAGCCCCACAUCAAGUAAAGAUACCCGCAUUGCAGGUGGUUGGGCUAGAAACACCCUCAGGAUCCUUUCCAACUCUGCAGUUCUAUUCUUCUAUGAACACAGAAAUGAGCACUCAACUUGUGUUAUAUUCUGCUACGUUCCCAGAAGUGGCUUUUACGUUCUGUGAAAGCUCAUUUAUAACGCAGAAAUCAACAGUCAAGGAUAUGUGAAAAGGGAAUAAAUUGCUGUGUGGAGGCAGUCUCGGUAGACAAAGUGGUGCUUAUGAGGUGGCACCACUCACCAAGGUAGCUUAGGCUCCCAGAUGCUCACUGAUAUUAGAUUUAACAUGGGCAGCCAGAGGUCCAAGAGCGUAUGUACUCCAGCGGGGGUGGCUUGUCAAGCAAGCUGAAAUCCCCUCAUCUGCACAACUAUUAAAGAGCCAGGAAGCCUGUCCUCUUUUGUAUCUGGCCAGCCUAGGUAUCACACUUGUGUUAGAUAUAAUAUCAGCAAGUUUUUGUAAAGGAACAUGUGAACAGGUGUGUGGCCAUCCCAGCAUCCGUCAUGUAGACAUAAGCACUAGUGGAGGAAGAGGAGUGGAGGGGAGAGCGCACCGCCCCGGCCAUCGCAGCUGCCCCCCCCCCCCGCCAGCGCUGGGCACCACGCCCUCGCAGGUGGCCAGCCCCACCCCCGCCUGCUCUCUGCCCCCCAGUGCCGGAGCAUGAAGCUCCGCCACUGGACACAAGGCAUGGUCCUCGAAUAGCACUAGGUCAAAACUACCACAACAGUGGUGUACAAUUAUUUUCCGUAUACUCAGUCAAUGUUCUCCACUCUUCUUUAAACAUAUGUUCUUCUUGCUCUCUUGUUCUAUGUGUUAAACCUGCAAUUUCUGCAUAUUCUAACAUCUUAAGUUGCCAAUCCUCUUUAUCUGGGACCUCGCUCAUUUUUCAUUUUUUGGCUAACAAAACAUGGGCUGCUCUUGUUGCAUACAUAAACAAGAUUUUCUGACACCUAGGAAUUUCUGUCUGGGUUAUUCCUAAUAAAAAGGACUCUGGUCUUUUGGGGAAGGUAAUUUUAAACAUUUUUUUCAACUUGUUAUAAAUCAUUUCCCAAUAUUCUUUUACCUUUUUACAUGUCCACCACGUAUGAAAAAUGGUCCCCUCCUUUUCUUUACAUUUCCAACACAUAUCUGAUCGUACUUUAUACAUCUUAGCCAACCUACUCGGAGUUGGGUAGCACCUAUGAAUCAUUUUCAGAUAGUUCUCUUUCAAUGUGUAACAUGCAGUAAAUUUCAAAUCUCUUUUCCAGAGUUUCUCCCAGAGGUUUAAAUCCAUAUUGUGUCCUAUAUCCAUUGCCCAGUGGGUCACUGAAGCUUUCACUAGUCCGUCUUUUGUUUCCCAUUGCAAUAGAAAGUUAUACAUUCUCGACAAGAGUUUAUCCUUGUUUUGUAAUAGUUCUUUUUAAAAUUGUGAGCUUUGGUCCAAAAACCCAAAAACGCUGGUAGCGUUAAGAUAAAUUCAACAGUGUAAUUAAUGUUUGAAUGGUGUAAAAAUGGAAAAUUGAUUUGAAUGGUUAUAGUAAAAUAUGCAGGAAUGGAAGAUAUGUAAAACGAACCAUGGAAAGAGAAGAGGGGAAGUCACUGGAUAUCAAUAAGUUUGUAAAAUGUCUAUUUCGAAUUGUAAAAAUUGAAAAAAAUAUAUAUAAAAAAGACUAACACAACAAUGGUGAGGGUAAUCUGCAAAGAUGUGAACUUAUCCCAUAUUGCUAUGUUGAGAGGACUUUAUGCUGAAUUUUUUUCUGCCCUUUUAAUUUCAGGCUGAUAUACUGAAGCUGUGCUGACAAUUCGAAGGAAAUCUUCAAUAACAUUGCAGGCCAUCUGCCAGCAGCAGUUGCCCAGUACUGCUCACUGAAUGAUGCACCCUUUUCUCUUUCUGCUUUCACUGAUCAAGCCCUAUCCUUCCUUUAGAGUAUAUUCAUCAUGCUGUACAAAACCAAUGAGAAACCUCUUUAUAAUAUUCCUG